UGCCCAGUGAGAAGUUGGCGUGGAGUCUGCCUUCCGUCAUUGACGACGUCGACCUCGUCCAGCUCCGGAGUAAGUAUUGUUUUGGCCCCGGGGUUUGUAUAUUUGCGCCUUAUGUCGGGGAGCGGAUCCAUUGCCUGCCGCCUGGUUGCAUUGGUGUAUCGGUCGAGCAUCUUGCUUGGCCUGCGGUUCCCACUGUCGGAGGCGUUGAGCAGCAUUUUAAGUGAGCUCGACAUCGACAUCAGUCAACUCGUGUCAACCGUAUUCGCUAGACUGACCAUGGCCCCAGACAACCAGACCGUGGCCGACGUCGAGCGGGCGCCCGAUCCUGACCCCUCGACACAUCAGGAUGACAUCGUCAUCGAGAAGGUUGGCUCCAAUGACGAGGGCGACGCUCAGGAUCCCAACCAGCCGCUCGAGCAGGCGACGCGAGGCGGUCGUGGGAUAACUUUGAGGGUGAGCAAGGCCAACGCUGUCGUUAGGUCCGGCGCGAAGAAGAAAAAGAAGACGACGCUGGUCGAAGAGCCAUCGCCCCCCAAGAGGACAUUGUCGACCCAUGCGGACAGAUCGGAAGCCUAUGUCCAAAUUGACCCGGCCAGAUGCGCUCGGUACGCUGCGGAGAUGCCUGGCUUCCCCGAUGAUUUGUUUUUGGAUGCCAGGUCGGCACGAGGGGUCAAGAUCCCCAAUGAGUUCGACCUCCCAAAUCAG